UUCCCGUCCCUUCUCAGCGAGGCAGCCGCCUCCCCCAAUUUCCAACUCGUGCUCUCACCUCGGAUCUCUCCAUCCCUUUCGUCCAAACCACCGACCACAAUCAGAAGCGUUGGCGGCGGCGCAUUCCAUGGCGCCGCUGGGGUCAAAGCUGGCGCAGCUGCAGUCCACGUGGCCAAGCACGGAUGCUCGUACCACAAGACGCUCAUGGAGAAGAACAAACACUAUGUCGUCGACCCUCCCACCAUUGACAAGUGCAAGGACCUCUCCAAGCAGCUCUUCUACACCCGACUCGCUAGCCUUCCCGGUCGUUACGAGUCGUUCUGGAAAGAGGUUGAUGGUGCGAAGCUUCUGUGGAAGAACGGAAGCCGUCUGAAGAUUGAGGAUGCUAGUGUUGCGGCGAUGUUUGGCAUCGAGUUGUAUGCGUGGUUCUGCCUCGGUGAGAUCGUCGGUAGAGGUUUUACCGUCACGGGCUACCAUGUCUGAAGCCUGAAUGCCUGCCUUACCUCUAUCUAGCAUGGGCAACCACAUUAAUCCACAUUUGCCGACGAAA